GGUGCGGGUAAUGACGUUAUGCGCGAUGAUGACGACGCUUUUAAUCGCCCAUCAGAAGAAAGUGCUAGCGACCUGAUGGCAAAGCCACAAGGUGCAGAGAACGAAACUGAAAUGAUAUCCGAAGCUGAUGACAAAAUGUGCGAUACGAUAAUAACUGAUAACACAUGUCAUAUGGGAAUGAGAAAUAAUGAAGUUAUAGAUGUUGCAGCAGAUCUGAAUGAAUUGAAUCCAAUCAGCAACGGAGUAAGUAGGAAUACGGAAUCUGUAGUCGUAUGCGAUUCAAACGAAGGUACGACUUGUGAGAGUGAAGGAGUAGAGUCGCCUGUAGGCUCGGGUGUUCUAUCUACCAGUUAUGCUGAGGGUGAUUUGACAGUAUCUGGUAUGAAUGUAGGGCUGGCGCUGUGUAUAACUGGUAUCAAAAACACGGAUGAUUCGGUGAAUGGUAUGGACAAACAAGAAGAGAGCAAAGGUGUGGCGGAAGAACGUGACUUACACACUGUAAUAACAGAACGUACAGAACAAGCGUUUAUGAGUGUGGCUACUGAUAAAAAUAUUCCCAAGAACGCAAGUGCUGGAGAACUUCUCAACUCUGAUUCUCGUGGAAACGAUGAAGAUGUUACAGAUGUGUGCAAAGAAAUACGCGACGCGGACGCGGACGGCUUUGGCGGAGAAUCACAUGGAGACACUCGAAAUGAUGGAGAUGAACAAGAGACGCCGAACACGUUGGAAAAGAAGUGUGCACGUGUUGAUGACGUAGACACUACGUCUGAGAAUACGUUCUCUGCCAUCUCACGGUCUGACAUAUACGACAACAUCCACUUGGAAAGUGUUAGUGAAAUCCAGGAAAUUAAAAAAAGAGCAACGUCUGAAGACAGCAACACCAUAUGCACACUAAAAGUCGGGGGAAAGGAAGAAAAUGAUAUAGGUGACGUCAAAAUUACGUCAAUUGGCGAGAAUGAGUCUGGAGCUGAUUCAUGUUCUGAUCACGAUAGUGUAACUCAAUCAGGAGCAAUCAAAACAGGUGCCGAUAUAUCUGAAACCCUCGCCGUUGCCAGGCAACCGCUGAUAAACGAGGAGACAGGAUUACCGUCAACUGAAGAGAACCUCAGGUUAGGUGAACACGAUUUUGAAACUGGAUUGAAAGCGCGACCUCAAUGUAAAGGUGAAAAUUUUGAUAAGGGGGGUGAUCAACAACAGGACAUGAACACUGCUCAACAUUUACCUGACGUUGAACAUCAGCCUGAAAUAUUACACCCCUUGAAAGCAGUGCGUGAUGUAGAAUUCACGUCGCAGCCCAGGCUUACCACAUCAAAUGAGCAUGCGCUGAUGACGAAAGAUGAUCCCAACGAGGAUGUACAACCAGAAACAGAAACUGGUCCCAAAAAUUACCCAAAACCGGAAACUAAUGACAGAGGGCGUAAUGUGGUCUCAGGCGCAACUGAAAACACAUAUCAGUUACGCGAUUCUCUGGAGAAUACUAAUAAGGACGAACCACGUGCCAUGGUAACCAGUGAUAAUGUCACUUUACCCAGUCAUGAUGCCAUAGUAACAACUGGUCACGACAUGGUAACUAGUAGUGAUGUCACGUUGCCCAGAGGUAAUGUCACUACAGACUGUUUUAAUCAGCCACAGGUGUUCGAUAAUGAUGAUCACGACAUUGUCGCUGCUGUGGUCGACCAACAGUCUUCAAUUGAACAUAGUGAUGAAAACGUGAAGCUAUUAGACGAAAAAGUAAUAGAAAGUUUAACAGAUACAGUCGAACCAAUGCCCAUCGACAAUCGUAUGUGCGACGGCCACAGUCCAGAACCCAUAAACGUAGCCGAUAGUGAUAGCGACAUAAAGUUAGCGCCAGAAAUUGGCAAGGUGACUACUAAUAGUAACAUAUCACGUGGACAACUACCCAACGCAAAUGACGUAAAAAGCGCAAUUUUACUUGACAACGAAGACAUAGACGCUGACGCCGAUGUAUCGAUGUCGGAUAGUGGCGCUCCCGUUAGCGCGCUGUCAGAGGCGGAGACAAAAACGAUAGCUGAGGCUCAAGUCGAAUCGCCAACUACAGAAGACACAAAAUACAAUAUCUUAGAAAGUACAAAUAAUGUAAAUGUAACAGUAGAUUCAAAAGCGAUUGAUGAUAGCCAUGUUAUCGGUGAAAAGCAGGACAAUUCCGACGAAGGAUACAAACGUGACAUUUCGCUUGGUAGUACAAUUGACGACAUCAGCAGCAUUAGUACACCUGUAUUUGAGAGUGCGCCACCAACUGGUCAAUCGUCUCCAUACGUACCACCGGACGGCGUAACCAGAACCGAAGAAAUUGCGACAGAGGCAAUACCAGUUACAUCGGAGCAAAAUAGUAAAACAGGGGAAUCGAGUGAGUUGGUACCCAGCAAGUCCACUGUCAAAACAGAGUGUGUAGAAAAUUCUGGCGAGAGCCAAGAUCUUCCAAGUAGCACAAAUGAUGCUGCCCGACCCGGCGAUGAAGGAAAGAUAAUUGAUUCUAAAAAUAAUAAUUUACCAAUAACGCCCAAUGAUAAGUGCAUUUCGACUAAUGAAACUUUAGAAACCCUUAAUCGAAACACACAUGAGGAAAAAAUCGAUGAUGAAAUUCGAGGUUGUACAGGAAAUGACCAGAUCACAAAAAGUGGUGUGGAAGACGUACAAACUACGGAUGCAUGUGUAAUAUUGUCUCCCGACACGGCAGAGCCCUGUGAACGCAAUGAUGUGAUCACCAACGAUGAAUCUGCGGCCGCUACGUCUGCCCUCGAUGUCACAAAUACACCGGAUACUGUAACGAUGCAGGAUCAUAAUAAAAAUACACCGACGACUGCCCCAGUUAACGCGGAGAAAAAUCCGGCGACGGAAAACAAAACUUUAGAAGAACAUGGCAACCGCGUUGUCCGCGACAAAACGUACACUCGCGUAUACACUGCCAUAGAAUCCGCAUUUGAUGUAUCAGGGAGCGACGAGAGUUCCGGUGAUACCAAUAGAGUUUUGAAAACGCGAAUAAUAGAACGUAGCACUUCGCUUUUCGGCAAAAAUGAGAAAACCGAAGUUGCCAAUCGUCUGGUAGAUAUGCCGACUGAACAACGCGCAGACGAUACCAUUGAACCAAUUCCGUCUGCUCAAAUUGACCCGGCAAAACAACGAGCGCCAAAAACUGACGUAGAGGGUGCUAGUACACGAAAUCCGGAAGAAUAUUUGCACAUCGCCCGCCAAACUGAAUAUUCUGAUAAGUCUUCGACUAAAGAAAAUCAAAAUGGCGAGCAUGAAAAAGUCCAAGAAACCAUAAAAACAAUCGUAACAGAAAAGGACGGUGGAUCCCCUGUGGAAUCUAAACAAGUCGAAAUUGAAGUUACAAGUAGAGAAGUGUUUCCAAAGGUCGUUAUUACGCCUAAUCCCACCGAACUACGAGAGGACGAAAGCGAGACAGAGAGACAACGGGCAAAUAUCAUUGGAAAUGAGCCUUCUGAAGACGUUUUAAAGACAAUCCCCGCGGUCAGACAAGAUUGCCUCAAUAUCAAAAACGUGGGCAAAGAACGGCGUAGGUCUCUAGAGAUUAAAGAAGAGGGUUUUUCGAUGGUGGUACUGAGUGCAGAUGAGUGCGAUGACGUCGAUCCAGUACCGAGGAAAGGAGACAUUGUGAAACCAGUUACGGUCAGAAAUGGUAACAGCUGUAACGAGACUAAACGGAAGUGCCCGAGUGAGAUUAAUAAUUCGGGAAUUACAAGAGCAGAAAAUAAAUGUAGUCCUGAACUUAGCCCAACACAUGCCGCGAAACCGGUACUUGAAAAUACAAAGGAUAUCGCCAUCAUAAAAAAACAACCCGGGCCUGAUGUAGAUAAAAGACAGAGUCGUUUUUCCCAAUUAAACUCGGGAACGCCGGCUAAAGUUGUCGAAACGAUCGACGAGGCGGUAAUGAGCGAUAUUGACAAGCCACCGGAGUUCCUAGAAUUUGAACUUAUCGCGAUGGAUAGGGACAGUGACUCAGACUUGGAGCGUGUCAAGGGAAACAAAGGUCAUGCUACCGUGACGGUUGUCGCGUGUAACAGGGACCAAGAAGAGCCCGAAUCGGAUACCGCAUAUAUUGCAGAGUUACGUGACUUAAUGCCGAUACCAUCUGGUUACGACAGCGACAUCGAUUCAAGUCACCAAGAAAAGUGCGAGGACACGUCAAAAAAGCGCCGCCGACGGCGACAUUCGAUUAAAGAAGUGGGUACGGAGAAACAAAUUUCUAAACAAAUGUUACCGACCGACGAAGAUGAGUUUCCUAAAGAUAGGAAAAAUUCCAAAUCAAGUGCAAAGCAGACUAAAACAGACAUACACCAAGUGGGGACAGCGCCGCCAACGUUAAAGAAAACGGAAAAUUCGAAGAACGCAAAAGAAAGAAAUGAAAAGUCGAAACAAGAAAAAAUUAUCAAAUUGCCAGAAAAGGCUGAAAAUGUGUCAACUGAUAACAAAGGUGUAUUACUAGAUACGGAGACAAAGAAGAACCAAUCAUCAGGAAAAAAGACGAAACAAGAAAAGACGAAAGGACCAGAAGUGGACCAUCGAAAGAAAAUUGCACCUAAAACCGAACAAAUGGAAGAUAUUGAACCAAGUUUCGGCGACAUCAACGAAGUUGAGAACAUAACUAUUCCGCCCUCUGGUGGUACGGGGCGGAAAGGCAGGAAGCUGGCGAAAGAAGCAAAAGACAAACUUGAUGGUAUUCUUAAAAAAAGUGACAGUACGAAAAACGCGAAGAAAAAACCGCCAAAAGAUGUCGGAAACGCCGUCAGAACAUUGGCUCGACUGCAAGCAGAAACCCCCCAAGAAAGCAAAGACCCGACAACUGCGCAGACUCAUCCAAUGACAACGGAUGCCAAGAAAAGGAAAAAGAGAAAAGCGAAAAAAUCACCAACAUCCGUAAGUGAAACGCCACCUGCGUCAGAUGCGAGAGAAGUGAAGAGUGUGAGCGUGGGAGUUCAAGUUGAUGACGUCAUCAGUAGGAGCAAAGUGGCAGUUCGCGAUCGCGGGGUACAGGUGUCGUUAGAAGUGACGGAAGAGGAGGACGACGUCGAGGACACAGCAUCUGAAAUGAGUGAAGACAGAAGAACAAUGAACAGUGUCAGUAAGAGUGAAUCACAGUCCACGGAAUGUGGUAAUUACGUAACAGAAUUCCCUUAUCCGGCUGGCAGUAUGCCCAGACUUAUCGGCAGAAAGGGCAAGAAUAUCCGCCAGAUAGCAAACCGUACUGGCACAGUUAUAACCAAUCACCCGUCAGAUGUCAAAGAGUUUCACCUUAUAAGAAUCGAAGCUGAACACCCAAAGAAGCUCUGGAUGGCUAUGAUGAUUAUACAGAAAGAACCACGGAGAGACUAGUUACCAAAUAAAUCCACGUCUCUGUGUUUUAUGAUCUCUGAAAAUAACAAGAUAAUCAUCCAUUAAAACUAAAAACUGCCAUGGUAGAUUAUAUAUUCACACGUUAGGUUUAGGAACUUUGAAGAAAUUUACAAACUCCAAGCGGUUGAUAAUUU